GAGAAAGGGACGAUACUAUUUCCGGUUCAGGAACCAAACUAUUUUUCCUUCUCACUGGAGACAGUGACUGGAUGGUGUAUACAUUUUCUACAUAUUCCCGCAGAGCAAGUACGUGUAGCUGCACACCAAUACAGAAGAAUAGCCACACACCAACUGGUUCAGCAGAAUACCUUUAAGAGGAUGUUUUACUUAAAACAAAAUGAGACAAAGGCAUUUGUACACACUGUUUUAUGUAAAGUACCAUAAGGAUGGAAAGCCAUAAGAGAAGUCUCAGAAAUGGAAGGAAUUUUUCUACAGACAGCCAAUCAAAAUUCCUCUUGCAAAAUCCAAUGACAUCCUUUCAGGAAACCAUUCAGAAUUGCUAUGAAGGUGUUGUUGAGUAUAUAGAUGUUUGGAAGAAGUUUGAUGGGGCUGGCACCCAUCUUGUGGACUCCUUCUGUAACAGUUUGUGUGAAUCUGACUACCAUUUUCUGGGUCUAGAGACGAGCCAGGCCUUCAAUGUCGUUCAUGCUAGCAGCAAUGGAGUAGAUCCGUCUGGGAAAUUGAGGGAAAUUGAGAAGCUCUUAAUUGGCCUCAAAAGUCACUUGGAGUCAGUAGAAAAUGUUGAGAAAUCCAAUUCACAUUUACAGGUGCUAUGUCAGUGUGUUCUAUUGUUCCUCAGGGUGCAGUCUGAUUACCAUCAGCUGUGUUCUCAAACCAUUUCGACACUUCUCGACAAACUAGUCCAGAAAUACAAAACCACAGAUACCAAAGAUGUUCUACAACAAAUGACUGAUCUUGAACUGGUGUCAAGAGAAUCCCCGAGUCGUAGUUUUCUUAAGAAAAAGAGUCCUUCUGCUUCACCAAAACUUCCAGCCAAACAGAAUUUAAAAUCGUCAUUCUUAUCUUUGUUUGAGAGGAAGAGUGGAGAGAGUGAUGGUAACAGUGCCUUUUACGUAGAUUUAGAGAACCCAAGUUCGAAAGCUUCACAGGGGGACAUCCACGCGGUAGAUAAACCAGAAAUUCUUGUACAUAUCGGGCUUGAUCCUGUACAAGAAAAUGACAAAGCAGAUAGUGUAUCAGCGUCAUUAGAUGAUUGUAUUCUUUUGCCAGAAAUUACAAACCAAGAUAUAUUGAAAAGAAAUCCUCUUGCCUCAGAUGAAGAGCUGGACUCUGUUGUGAAUUUACUUUCAGGAAUUGCUGUACCUAACACCCAGAUGCAGACAAUUCAUGAAAAUCACCUGACUGUGCCUUCUCUUUAUUCCUCUCGAAAUUCUUCCCCUGGACUCAGUCUCUCGUCAAGGUUUUCCUCGCGCACUCCUUCACCAGGUGGAAGUGAUGAUAGCUCAAGAAUUAGUCAGAGCAAGGGACAGCGAAGGUCAGAGGGGUCUUUGGAUUUGACUGGUAUUUUACGAGGAAACACUUGGCCUCAUCGCUCAAGUCUUCCAUCAGGACAUAUAACGGGUUCCCCCGACUUUGGUGCUCACAGUGCCACCAUUCCUAGACGUUAUUCAAAGGAUGGUCACUCAGCAGGCAGACAUCUAAUGAAUAUGCAUAGCACAGGUCAUUCGUCAACCGGAUACCCAUGGGGAUAUCCUGAACCCAGAUAUAGACCCUGGGUAACAAAAAGCUUGCCAUCUUCUCAAGGUUCGGACAUUUUACACAGCAGCUGGUCUGCCUUUCAGGACUCGGAUGAUCUGUCGGAUGACUCCUCAGGAGGGGAGCCAUUCUUUGCCAUGGGGCUGGACCUUGUGAAUGCACUAGAAGCAAACCCAGGAGGAAGCAGUGAUGAUGAAACAGAGGAUCAGAAAGUUUUAGGCAAGCCUGACAAACACUCAACAAACACCUGGCCUCCUAAACAGGUAUUGUCUCAAACUGGCCAGGAAGGGCCUCCACAUCAGCACCCGCCAGAGCAAGUUCCUUUUCACCGCCCAGUGUCCAUGCAGUGGAGUGACCCUCUGGCCAAUCGUACCCCCUGGCCUGGUUUAGGCACCUCACAGAGCAUGCAUGGGUUUAGUUCCACCAAAUGAACUCGGCAAAUGUAGGACGGAAGUCAACUGGAAUGUCCGAGACAAAGCAAGAACAAAAUGUAUAAGGUGCUGCAGUGGUGCUGCAAAUACUUAAUCAUCAGUAUUAAUUCUAAAGCAGAGGGUUGAUAAGGAAUAUACAUGUUUCUGUACUUUAUGUAAUUGUACACAUAAUGCUGAUAAGGUAUUUUUUCAGCUUUAUUUCAGGGUAUUUUUUAUACAAAUUUGGUAUUAUUAUUAUUUUUACAAAAGUGACAACAAACUCAAACCAUUUUGCCAUGAAAGAGAGAAUAUGCAAACCUCUUGCCAUCUGUAAUUCACAUGUAAAUUCUUAUUCAUGGCUUUUGAUAUUGUUUAAAAUCAAUAUUGAUUUUUUUUAAACUUAUGUUUGUAAAUUUCAAGUAGAGAAAUUUUGAUAUUUUCAGCUUCGAACUUGCAUGAAAAUAAUUAGAAGUGGGAAGCUGUUCUUCUUUUAAAUCUUUGUAGUUUGUUCAUCCAUAUUUUUGUUAGCAAGAUGGUUCAUUUAAUAAUUAAUGUUGUGUAGAAAACCAUUGGUUGUGAUUAAUUGUAUUAUUUAAAAUGUGAUGGGCAUGUAGCAGUUAUGUUUUGAUUUUGUGUUAUAAAGUUACCUUUAUAUGAUACAGAUUCUUUGAUAUUUAUUCAGUAGGACCUCAUUUAUUGAAAGCACAUGUAAAAUAGACAGCUGUCAAACUCUUGAAGAUACAUGAAUAUUAUUAUUUUUAGCAUGUUAUGAUCCUGAUGUUAAGGGGCAACAUUUUCAAUAGAUUGUUUGCAGUAAUUAAGUUAUGUUAAUUACCAAGAACCAGAUAGUUCAAAAGUUUAUUGAAAGUAAGAGAACUGGUUGAUCAUUGAACAAUAAUGAAAUAUAGUGAAAUGUAGUUUGAAAUGUUUAUUUACUAAUUUUAUGAUAUAAUGAUUUUUUUAUGUGUCUUGGCAUCUUUACAUGCUCUGUAAAUAGAAGAGGCCCGGGGAUGUACUUUUUUCCCCUUUCAUUUAUCUCAAACAUAUCAAUGUAGUAGCAGAAAUGUCAAAAAGUAGUUUUAAAGUUGAUGUCUAAAAAAGUUAAUUUUCCUGCAAAAUAACCAAUUGCCAGUGGAUUAUUAUGCUAUGAAUAUGCCAUACUUUGAUAAAAACAAAGUUUGCCUGGUAGCUUUUUGUUUAGAGUGAAGAUGUGGAACAAAAUGAUAUUUGCAAUUUGUACAUGAUUAUAUAAUCUAUACCUGGAACAUCAAUAUAGUGUUUUGUUUGACACAUGUGCUCACACUUGUGUAAAGCAAAAUUUGUGAUUUAAAAAAAAAUGAAUAAGGGAAAUUCAGCCACAGAUUUAGCUCUGGCAGCCGGAUCAAAGUUUAAAUAAGCUGUCCUGAUCAAAUUUUGUUUGUUGUCUGUCUGUAGUCUGUUAUCAACUUUACAUUUUUAAAUUCUUUUUCAGAACCAAUUUCAAUCAAACAUAGCAUGUGAGGAAGAAUCAUAAUCAUUCAAACAAAGAGCAGUGUUCCCUUUCAAGGGGAGAUAAUUAAGAAAGAUUGAAAAUAUUGUGAGUUGUUUAAAGGGUCUUUUAAGGACCACUAUACCAGAAAUGCCAAAAUUGUAAAGCAUGAGUCCCAGGGCCACAAUAGGAGUCCAAAGUUAGUAUCUGAGAAAAUUCUUUUGAAGAACCACAAGGGUCUAUUAUGUCAAAUUAAUUUAAAAGCAUGUAGAUUCAAGUUUGUACACACCAUGUCCCCUGGGGCUGGGAUGGUGCCACAGGAGGGGUUCAUAAUUUAAAAGCAAAUUUAAAAAUAAUUCUCAAGCUUCACAAGGGAACAAUCUUGUAGAUCUUCUCAUAUGUAAAAUCAGUUUUGGCUAAUCCAUGACCCUUUUGGCUAUGGUGGAAUUAUAGGAGGAGUUUAAAAAGUUCCACUUAGGAAUAUGUAGAAUUUUGAAGAAAAAAAUUCUCAAAAACUACGAGGACAAUUUUAUCAGAGUGAUAUAAGCACCCAUAUAUAAUUAUACCCCACGCAACGAAGUUGCGAAGGGUGUAAUGUUUAUGACCCGUCCGUCAGUCCCUUUCUUGUCAGCGCAACUCCCAUGAGACCACUCAACAGAAUUUCUUGAAACUUUGUAGUUAAUAAGGGCACACUGUAGAUGUGCAUAUUACCAGGAAAUUCUGAUUCAAUAAUUUUUCUGGGAGUUAUGCCCCUAUUGAACUUAGAAUUUCGAGCCCAUCUGCCCUGUUCUUGUAGUAAUGCAUAGCAGUACCAUUCAUUAUGUGAGGCAUUGUCAAGCAAUGUUGGAGCAUGGGGUAUGUGAGCCUGGGGUAUAAUUUUUCAUUGGAAAAUGCCGUGGAUCAGAUGAGCAAUGUUAUCCAUAGGCCUCUUGUUAAGUUAAAAUAAGGAAAUGCAGUUAAAUUUUAAUGUCGCCUACACAAAGUACAUGCAAAGAUAUUGAUUUCUUGUGCAUGGGAACCUAAAUUUUAGGGACAAAUAUAGGCACAUGAAUAACAAUUGAAUUUUUAUUAAAAUCCAAACUUUGAAAAAGUAAAUUUUUGCACACAGAUCACCGAGUGCUACUAAUGUUAUUGGAUGGCAAUGAACAUAAUUUAGGUUAUGAAAAAUGCACUAUAAAUUCUGUGAAUUAUAUGCAGUGCACUGAGUGUAAGGGAUGACCUCGAUAGGAAAAAAAUAUACAGAAAGCGGUAACUGAUUUGCCUUUAACCUUGAAAUUAAUAUUAAAAAAAAAUCAAUUCAUAUUCCCUUUGUUGAACUGAUGUGAUCUAUGCUGGUUAAGCUCAUGAAUUUUCACAUUUGAUAUGAGUAUGAAAUGUCACUGAAUUAUUUAAUGCUGCUAAGUAAUUAUUAUUGUAUUUUACAUGCAUUUUGUUUUUUUGAUCUUUAUUCCAUUUGUCAUUGUAGGGAUAAUGUAAAAUGAUUUCCUUUACAUAUUCAUCAGUUAUCAUAGAAUAUUGAAUUAAUGGUAUGUGGUGCUCAUAUAAAUAGUCUGUCUCCAUGUUUUAUUCUGCAAAUUUACAUUCUAAGCUGUAAUAUGAUUCUAGUACAAAUACUUGGUACAUGCACACUAAUUUAAGGUGCUUCAUACAUUAUCUUAUAUUUCACAACCAUGGGUGCUUAUUCAGUUGGUUUUAUAUUAUUUAAACCAAUGAAAACUACAUGUAAUUUGUCAUGUAGAAAUCGUCAGUGAAAUGUGUUCUUUAGCUGUCAAAAGCUAGACUAAUAGAUUAUUUUAAUGAGUGAAGAUCAACAUACCUAGUUACUGUCACAGAUUUAUGUGACGAGAAAUUGGCAACUUUCAUUACAGAUGCAUGACAAUUAAAAACAGAUGCAUAACUCUUUUACUGUUUGUUUUUAACAUUCAUUGUCAAUGAAUAUUCAGUGACAAUUGUUAAUGCAUUCCUGACACAUAAAUGAAGCCGAGUUUUGGUAGGUUUUUCUUCUUGAAAACAUUUCCAUCAAAAUUUCAAGACAAUUGUUGAGAAUAUUGGUCCGACAAACAAGUGUGUCUCAAAAAAAAAUUUAAAUUGUGGACUUGAUGUUAAAUUAUUUCUGAAAAAUUGUCAGGGGCUGAUGCUCAACAGUAGUAAAUUCCUCAGGACGAUAGGAGAAGGGGGGCUGGUUUUAAUCAGACUAUAAAUUCCUCAGCUGAGCAAAACUUUCUUUUAAUUUUCAUAAUGCUCAGUGCUAACCAAUAUCAAAUCACAUAUUACGCACAACUACAUUGUACCCUAUUGAGAAUAAUUUUAUGUUCAUUUAAAUGUUAAAAAUUCCAGUUGAGGAUGAUUUUAUGCUAAUUCAAAUCUUAAUCAGUCUUAUCCACUAUUCCCCAUUUGUGGGUUAUUCGAGUCACUCAGGUGGUCAAUGGCUAUCCACUUCCUAUUAAUUAAAACUUCUUUCAAUAUUUUUAUUUAAUAUAUUGAGAGUAAAGCAUCUAUGGGGAAAGGGGAACAAAAAUUGCAAAUUUCAUAGGCACAGAAGGGCAGGGUCAUAAAUGAUGCAAUCUUUUAAAAAAUAUUUUUUUACUUUGCGACAUAGCAGACUUAUAGUGUGUUUAGUCGUGAUGAGUAAAAAGGAUUUUGCCAAAAUUGUGAACUCCAUGGCUCAAGCUGAAUUAGGUUUGGAGUAAAGCAGGAAUUUAUGACUCAAAUAGUGAAAAUGGAUUAUUUCUUUGAAAGUCCUCGGACUACUUGACAUCGGACAUUAGAGGAUAGGGUGAUAUGUUGUGACCCUGAAUAUAAUUUUGCUCUGGAGAAACAUAUUUGAAGAAUUAAAUGAAAGUAAAAUUAGAUCUUUACACACACACACACACAGAUAUAUAUACAUACACACGCACAUAUAUAUAUAUAUAUAUAUAUAUAUAUAUAUAUAUAUAUAUAUAUAUAUAAAGAGAGGGAGAGAGAAAUCAACAUCCCAUCCAUCUCUAUAGGUUUCAAAGAUACAUUCAUUACACUACUAUCUAAAUGCGGCAUGACUGAUUUGUUUCAGAAGACUCGGGUGAAUUGUUUUGGAUCAAGGCCUACUCAAACAUCGAUGAAUUGAAAAAUUACUGGAAUUUUUAUAUGAUGAUGACAGAUACUGCGUUACACAUGGUCAAGUGAUGAGGAUGGGGAAAAUUGUGCUGUCAUCUUUUCUUAUAAAUACAUUGUACGUGUAUUGUCAAAACUUUUGUGCGAAGUUCAAAAAUUGCUAUGCAUGACAGUUGGUGAUGUACUACUAAUAUUAAAGAAUUAGUUACUAAUGACUGGGAAUUUUUUUUUAUACAGUGAUAUAGCACAUAUACAGUAACAUGUAGAAUUUUCCUUGAUUACUACAAUGUUGUAUAAAUUUUUGAAUGACAAAUAUUGCUAUUAAAAAUAUGUUAAAAUCCCACAUUUAGAAAAUGAAUUGUAAUUAUGAAAGUUAAUUUUGAAAAUGUUGAAGGAAAUGUCUUUGUCUUUGCAAAUGAGCCAGCUGAUUUAUGCAAAAAAUGCUGAUUACACUUAAAAUUGCACCUCUGCCAGAGUGAUAUUCAUUGCAGGCACAAAAAUUUCAAUCAUGUAUUUUUGCUAUUUUUGAAUUAGGCACAAAAUAUUAUACAAUGGACUAUGUAAAUUAACAACACCACACAGACACAACUAUGAAAUUCUUCAGCAAAAAUGUCGGCAGUUGGCGAGACAAGUUCAAAAAGCAUUUCUGCUGAAUCUAGAUAAAGAAAUCAUUAAUUUUCAUAAAGUUUUGAAAGAUGAAUGUUUAGUAUAUUUAUCACAAUUGUUAUUCUUUGCUCAGUAAAAGCGUGACCAAAGUAAAACUGCUCUUUCCCCUCAUUACCACAACCAAAUGCAUGCAUCUGAUAUUUUUGUUAAUUGGGCAUGAAGCAAAACCAAGGGCAUUAAACAGUGAACAAAAUUUAUGUAUUUGUCACAACUUUUUACAGAAAUAAAUAUGCAUAUUGUGUUUGAUUUGUAGCUGCAGACUUGUAGCUCUCGGUGUGGGGGUAGAUAUACCAGAGAGCUAUGGUUCUACAGCUACUUAAUGUUGUAGCAAUUCUUAAAGUUACGUCGAUAAAUAAACAUAUUUUGCCUCAUAUUUACUGCUGGUGUGAAAUGUUACUAUAAUUUCUCAUUUUCUUAUUUUUGAAAAAGAAAGAUUGAAUUGGAUUUUUUUUUAAAUGUUUAUACAUGUAUAUAAUAUAUGCAGGUCAUAAGGUAGACAUUUUACUUGAGGAGAGUUAGAUAACAUGUAAUCUAUAAUAAUAAAGUUGCUGUGCAAAAUAC